AUGAUAGUUUUGGCAAUUAGGUUGCAGAGGUACUAUCUAGCAUCGGUCAAGGAAUUAAUGCGGAUCAAUGGUACUACAAAGUCCGCCCUAGCGAGUCACUUAGGUGAAUCGAUUGCAGGGGAUAUAACGAUAAGGGCCUUUGAGGGAGAAGAUCGUUUCUUUGCUAAAAAUUUGGAUCUUGUUGACAAGAAUGCUAGCCCAUAUUUCUGUAAUUUUGCAGCAACUGAAUGGUUGAUUCAAUGUAUAGAAAUAAUGAGCGCCAUAGUUCUUUCUUCUUCUGCCUUUGUCAUGGCUCUUCUUCCUCAAGAAACUUUUAGCCCUGGUUUUGUGGGAAUGGCAUUGUCCUAUGGUCUUUCGCUAACUACAUCAUUUGUUUUCUUUACUCAAAGCCAGUGCAACCUUGGGAAUCAAAUAAUCUUGGUGGAACGGGUGAGCCAAUACAUGGACAUACCAAGUGAAGCAGCAAAAGUCAUUGAAGACAAUCGACCAUUACCAGAUUGGCCCCAAAAUGGCAAUGUGGACAUUAGGCAUUUGAAGGUAAUCAAAUGUAAAUAUUUACACAUAAACCUUACAAGGUAA